GACAAUGAGCAUGAAAUCUGGACCUGGAGUCAAGCAAGAGAUCGAUUUGUUGGAGGGGUUCUUUCGGAAAUCCAUGGUUCUUUUCCCGAUUGUUGUUCUAUUCCUCCUUUGGGCGACUCCUCCAACGAAAUUUUUCCGGCUACCAUUUCAGAGCAACGAUGUUGAUUGUAGAGAAUCUCAUGUGGAUGAUUUGAUGAAGCUAUGGAAAGAAUCAUGUAGCUUAAAUGGAACUUCUCUAAGCACCAGCAAGAGUUUUCCAGUUGCUCCACACUUGGAAAAUUGUCAACAGCAGGCACUGGAGUGGAUGGAAUUUGACAAUCGCGAUGCAAAUGGAAGACCACCACUGUGGAGCAGGGAGGAUGAGGAAUUGGAAUUGGAGCUCAUGAUCAAGAACUCCACAAAGCGUUCCAUAAAAAAUCUCUAUCCACCUUGGAUCAAAGGUGGCGACGAGGACAAUCUGCCACUGACCCGAGCAGUCCAACGAGAUUUGUGGCGCCACCAGCAUCCAAAAAAUUGUACUGAUCCCAGCGUGAAGUUUCUGGUGACAAACUGGCUAAACAGCCGGGGACUGGGCCUCGGAGCCGAGCUUGUGGCAAUGGCCGGGAUCCUGGCCAUUGCUUUGCGAGAAAAGAGGGUUCUCGUUCUAACAGACUUUGAUCGAGCCAAGCACGAAGAUUGCAAAGGAGCUGCGCAUGGACGAUGGUCGUGUUACUUUGUUCCCGAGACUUCGGAGGAAUGCCGAGCUCGGGCGAUGGAGCUCGAGGGCGAUGUCAAGGCAUGGAACCAAGGGACAAUCGUUGGUCUUGACAAUUUUUCUCGAACUUCGGUGUGGACGGGACCUGUUCCAGAGUAUUGGGGAAGACCAUGGGAAACCAUGCAAACAUUUGACGUGGUGGAUGGGGAGCUUCUUACUACACACAAAGGCAUGGACCGACAGUGGUGGAGAGCUCAGGCAGUGAGAUAUUACAUGAGAUUUUCCAGUGAGUACACUUGUAUCCUCCUCAAUGGGGCCAGGCAUAAAGCAUUUGGGAAAGAGGCUGCUCAAGCUGUCAUUCAAAGCUCACAAAAGAACUGGCGAAAGGUGAUUAAUCAGCGUGAUGUUAUGAAAUUGUUGUGGGCAAAGCACAGGCCAUGGAUACCAAGACCUCUCAUAAGCCUUCACGUAAGACAAGGUGACAAAGCUGCGGAGAUGAAAAUCUUCGAUCUAAAGUCGCAUAUGGCUCUGGCCGAGAUGAUCCGAGCAAGAUUCCCCGAUAUCAAAGGCAUCUGGCUCUCCACAGAAAUGCAAAGUGUUGUGGAUGAGGCAGUGUCAAACUUUACGUACUGGAGCUUCUAUUUCACAAAGGUGGCGAGGCAAAAUGGAACAACACGCAUGGGUGACUACGAGAGGAGCUUGGGGACGAGACUGAGCAGUAACAACGCGUUUGUCAAUCUCUUGAUGGCCGUGGACUGUGAUCACUUUGUUGGAGGGCUGGGCUCGACUUGGAGCUUCUUGAUCGAUGGAUUGAGGCUCACGGGUGGGAAGCUCAAGGUUGGCUUCUUCAGCGUCAACAAAGAUAGAUACUGGUAAAGGCGUGAUCGAAUUCUCAAGCUUGUACAAACGAUCGAUAGUUGUAUAUAGAUGGAAGAAUCCUAAAGUUUGAAGCUAUGGAAAAGUUUCUGGACGAU